AUGGCCGCGAAAGUUCUUGGAAAAGCCUUGGAGGUGGUGGCCACGAGACGCGCUGAACUGCGAGUCGAAGGCAUGACAUGUGCCGCCUGCAGUGGCGCAGUGACCCGAGCCCUGGAGGCUCGACAGGGGGUGCGUGCAGCGGAGGUCAACCUGCUGAGGCAGCGUGCCAGCGUCGACUUCGAUGCGGCGAAGGUGUCCGAAGAUGAUCUGUGCCAGCUGGUCGAAGAUAUCGGCUUCGAUGCUUCGCUGGUCUCAACAGAAGAGCUGGGAAGCGAGGAGCCGGACCUGAAAUCGGCAGAAUUUAGCAUUCGAGGCAUGACUUGCGCUGCUUGCAGCGGCGCCGUGCAGAAGGCUUUGGAGAAUAUCCCGGGCGUGGAGCAGGUUGAAGUGAGCCUGCUGCGUGAGCGAGCCGAUGUCACUUUCAACGCCAACGUCGUCAAUCCGGAGCAGCUGUGUUCCGAGAUCGAGGCCCCGCGCUUUGCUGUUUAA